GCGGAGCGGCGGCGGGAGGCGGGCGCUGUCCAUGGCCCUGCGGAGCUCCGGGCGGCCCCGGGCUCCGCCGCGCCGCCGAGCGAGCGAGCGAUGGGCAACACGGUGCACAAGACCCUGGCAGACACAAGCCACCAGACCCGCUCCGUCUCCAGCCGCCCCUACUACAGCCUGCCCAACAGCAGCCAUGAGAGGCGCUCGGUCCUCGCCAUCACGGAGCCGCCGCGUUUCCACUCCCAAGCCAAAGGCAAGAACGUGCGCCUGGACGUUCACUCCCGCAAGGCCACGCGGAGGAACAGUUUCUGCAACGGGGUCACCUUCACCAACCGGCCCAUCCACCUCUACGAGAAGGUGCGGCUGAAGCUGGUGGCUGUGCACCACGGCUGGAGCGGGGCCCUGCGCUUCGGCUUCACCAUCCACGACCCGUCGCAGAUGAGCUCUGACGAGAUACCAAAGUACGCCUGUCCUGACCUGGUGACCCGUCCCGGAUACUGGGCCAAAGCUUUGCCAGAGAGGUUUGCUGUGAGGGACAAUAUCUUGGCCUUCUGGGUUGAUCGUCACGGGAGAGUCUUCUACAGUAUUAAUGACGAGGAGCCAAUACUGUUUCACUGUGGUAUUAAAGUUUCUGGUCCUCUUUGGGCACUCAUAGACGUCUACGGAAUUACCCAUGAAGUGCAGAUACUAGAUAGCAUGUUCGCAGAGACCAUGACCACUGCCCGGCUCAGCACUGCCCGGCUCAGCACCUGCCUUCCACAGAGCAACCACGACUCAGCCAACUUCAACAACAAUGAGCUAGAGAACAACCAAGUGGUGGCUAAAAUUGCAAACCUAAACCUAAGCCGGGUACCAGGACUUGCGACAGACAACCACAUCAUCCCCUGCUGCCCAAACCGGCGGCAUCACGCGCAGGGGGUCCCGGCCUUCCUGGACACAGACCUGCGGUUCCACCCCACCCGCGGCCCUGACAUCACCUUUUCUCAGGACCGGAUGGUUGCGUGCACCAAUUGGCAAGAAAGCAGUAGGACUUUGGUGUUUUCUGACCGGCCUUUGCACAUCGGUGAAAGCCUCUUUGUGGAAGUAGGACACCUUGGGUUGCCAUACUACGGGGCCCUUUCAUUUGGCAUCACUUCUUGUGAUCCGAGUACUUUACGGACAAAUGAGCUCCCGGCAGAUCCGGACUUUCUCUUGGACCGCAAGGAGUACUGGGUGGUUUACCGAGCGUUCCCGGUCCUCAACAACGGCGACAUUCUCAGCUUCAUGGUCUUGCCGAAUGGAGAGGUGCACCACGGGGUGAAUGGAGCCAGCCGAGGAAUGCUGAUGUGUGUGGACACCUCACAGUCUCUCUGGGUGUUUUUUACAAUCCAUGGUGUAAUCAACCAGCUCAAGAUACUGGGCACGGUGCAGUCCAGCCCAGUGACCGUCUCGCCCUCAGGAUCCCCCGGUGGCUCCCAGUACGACAGUGACUCGGACAUGGCCUUCAGCGUGAACAGGUCGUCAUCGGCUUCAGAGUCAUCGCUGGUGACUGCUCCAAGCUCCCCCUUGAGCCCCCCCAUCUCUCCUGUCUUCCCCCCUCCGGAGCCAUCCAGCAGCAAGAACGGGGAAUGCACCGUUUGCUUCGACAGCGAGGUGGACACGGUGAUCUACACCUGCGGACACAUGUGCCUCUGCAACACCUGCGGUCUUAAGCUGAAGAAGCAGCUCAACGCCUGCUGCCCAAUCUGCCGACGGGUCAUCAAAGAUGUUAUUAAAAUAUACCGCCCUUAGCGCCCGCCUCGGGCUGUAGGAAGGGGAACGCCGCUAGCAGUAACCACGCCUUUCCGUCCCUGCUUAUGGGUUAUCGUGCUGGUCAGUCGUUAUCAAGUGGCUCGUUAUCUGUGUUUCCUUAUUUGACAGGUAGGGCACAAUUCAGGGAUAAAAUUGAGCUGAGGAUCAUGUAGGGCCCAAAGGCAUGGCCAGGCUGUGUGCCCACAGGCGAAUCCGGGGAAUCACGGUCUGCACCCAGCUGCAAAUGAGAAAUUUCCCCUGCAAAGGUUCUUUUUUCCCUCUUCCUGCUCCGGAGGAGGCUUGCUAUGGUGUGGGCCUGCAAGGGGAGGUUGCCAUUUGGUCAAUGCCAGGUGCCACUGGGCUUCCUGACCCCAAAACCUGAACAGCUCUGGGAUGCUGCCAGAUGCUUGUGCUGUGGUGGAACAAAAUUAGGAUAAGGCCCAGCGGGAGGGUUCAAAGUGGACAAAACUGAUCUGGAAAUGUCCUGCUUAUCUGUGUAAGGAGAACUAGCUAAAGCCAAAUAGUAGCACAGCCAGAUUCUCACUUGUUUGGGUUCUGUCCCCGUGAACAGGUUUCUGGGGUACAUGGAGAAGCCAGUCUGGACAUAGAUAAAGCAGCUUUUGCUUUCUGUGGCAGAGCAGAGACUUUUGGCCAGGGAGGCUGAGACCUGGAGAGCUGCCAUGGGGUAGCAGUGAGGAGCACAAGCCCACUGAGAGCCCAGCCAGCCCCAGCAGUGGGCAGCUAUGAGGGGCGACUCAGGCCUGAUGAAGCCAUAAUUUCCAGCCCGUGGAUGAGAGGAGUGUUUGGAUGGGAACACUGCAAUCCUGGCUGUGAUGGUGUUUGCCAUCUCCAGGCACACACACCUGCAUUUUGCUCUGCCCUCUUGGCAGGUGGCACAGCUGCCAUGUUACCCCAUCCUGCCUGGCUAGACCUGUCCUAGACCUUCCCCCGCAGCCAGUGCCAUGGCAGGGCUCAGCUUUCCUCCUGCCCCACCAUGGGGACUUUUUGGAGCCUGUGGUGAGAAAUUAAUUUCUGACCCAGUCCCAGCAGGCUCACCUUUUUUCUGAGGACUGUGUAUGUGCUGAUCUUACCUGCUCUUUCUCCUGCCUUUCCCAGUUUUCCAGCACAGCUGGGUCUCAACGGUAGAUGAGAACUUGUUGAGAAAAACAGGGAUCUAUCUCACUUGGCUUUACUUAGGAGUAGGAAAGAAAAAGGCUCUGGGGCUAUUAGUAGAUGUUGGGACUUAAAAGGUAAAUGGGUUUCAGGUGUGAUGUUACAGCUACAGGCAGCAGCUGGAUGAGCUGAGCAGCAUUUGAGUGUGCAGCAACGGGACUGAUGUGAGGAGCUUAGUGUCCUCCUCCCUGCUGCUCCAGCAGGAGCUACCCUCCAUUCUCUGUCCUCUGCCCACUUGCACAGCCCCUGUCCAGUCCUUCAGCCUGAGCCUGACCAGCUUCCAGCUGGUCCAAGAGGGAAAAAGAGAGAGGAUGCAAAUGGGAGGAUGAGAGAGGGGCUGGUAUUGCAGCUCGGUGACCGUGUGCUACCAAGUGCAUAAGAAUGGCUUUUUCAGAAAGGUGCAAUUUUAGUCUGAAAAAGAAAAAGCAGAAUAGCAACUCCUGUACAUUUCAGGGCUUCUGGGCACAGAGGGGCAGCCUGAGGUUGUCAGUGCCUGUCAUCUCGCCUGGCCAUUUCCUCUCUCCUCCAAGGUGCAGGUAGCUGUGGGUGCACAGCCCUCUCCUGGUGCUGCUGCCCAGGUGGUGGUUUGGCUGUGCCAGGAGAGCUGUGUUUGGUUACUGACCAGCAGCCAGCCCUGUGCUGCCAUUGUGGAGAGCACACCCAGGAGAGCAGUUCAUUCUCCUCCUGCAGCGGGCUGUGCCUGCCAGUUCACAGAGCACGGGGAAACCUUUUGUUUUUAAUUUUCAGAACUGAUGAACAUUUUAAUUAAGUGUAUAAAUGAGAGGCUGCUCUAGAGUGAGAUCUCUCAGCCAUUGCCCUGCUGCAUCAGCACAAGGGCCCACUGACUUUGCAGAGCCCUUUUUGGAAACCUGGCUGAUGGCGCUGGCUGUGCCACUGCUGAGUGUGCUCAGCCCUCAGCAGAGCCACUCGCACUGCGACUGUGGCACGAGUUCACUCACACCUUUACUGAAGGAGGUAGCAAGGGCAGCUUCCCUGCGUUUGGAGCCUUGCCUGGACCUCCUGGCUGCCCUCUGCCCAGGCAUUGCCUUCCUAGAGACCUCCUGGGUGCCACACUGGCAGAUCAGGGUCUGGCUGCAGUGGGUGGGCACAGCACCAAAGGCACGAUGAUGGCAGGGUAUGUCAGCAUGGGAUGAAGGGCCAGGCAGGUCAGUGCCUGCCUGGGGACAGGCUGCAGUGGGAAGCCUUUGCAUCUUGAGGAAUUCAAGGAAAGCUGUCAGAAUCCACUCACUGCGAGCGAUGCCAGCCUGGAUCAGAUCUGGGCUUGUGAGCACCAGUGGCCAUUCCCAGGGCUGCUGUCCCGGUUUCAGGGGUGCCCAGUCCCUUUGGUCACUGCACAGCCACACCAGCACAGCAGAGUCCGUUUGCUUGGCCGACACCUCAGGUCCUCAGUGAGCAGGAUUGGUGCACGCCUGGGGUGGGGUUUAUUUUGGUUUAGCUCUCUUUUGUAUUUUUAAGCCAGCAAGGAGAAAUACCAAAUCCACCCCAGGCUGGGCCUGAGCUGUUCAGGACACAUUGCAGAGGCUGAAUUUUUGCUGUAGCAGUGAAGACCAGUUUCCAGAAGGGCAGCACCCAGUGAUGCCAGCAAGGGAACCAGCUCAGACAGCAUCUGGAGCACGGCUGAGCAGCAAACAGGACGUGAGAGCAGUGGAUGUAUCACCCUGCCUAUCUGAGAGCAAUGGGAAUUUUCCAAAAUAGGCCUCAAAAAAAAAAUGUCCGGGAAAAGGUAGCCUCUUUCAGAUUUAAUUGUUAGUAUUCGUAUUGCUAUUUUUUUUAAACAGUCCAAUGAUAUAUUAUUUGUACAGAAGAUCUGUUUGUGCCUUAUAAGGGUGUCUGUGCACUUUUUAUCCUUUUUAAAGCAACUUUUAAAAAGAAAAAAAAAAAGAUGGGGGGAGAAAACAGCACAGAUCAAUGGUAGUUUUUUAGAAUUUUGUGUUCACUGAGAAUCCUGCUUUAUAUAUAUAUAUAUGUGUGUAUAUAUAUAUAUAUAUAUACUGGAGUGAAAAAGUGUUUAUUUCCAUGGAUUUUUUCCCCCUCUCCUCCUUAACCUCUUUGUUUAAAAAUUUAAAAAAAGGAAGAAAGGAAGGAAGAAAGAGAUGAGAUUGGGGAACUCUUUUACCUUCCCCCUUUCUGAGACAGUUACUCUCUUGUCGUUACCUUUAUGAUUCAAUACUGUGACCUGUACAUCUUGUUUAAGCUGAAUCAGAUUUUGGACCUCUGUAUUAGGCUUUUCAAGCAAAUCAUCUGGGGGACCGGGGGAGGGAGGGCAUCGCACGAGGGGGGGAACUGCACUUCUACAUGUCAGUACUCUAUAGCGUUGUGUUCAGUGCUGUGUGUUUUACUUUUGUCCAUUUACCUGUUUUACAUUAAUAUAAUUUUACUUGUUUAUGAAACAAAUAAAACUUUGGCUUGUA